CUGAUUAAAGUGGCGCCUCCAUAUCCUUCUCCGGCGAAACCUGCCUUACCGCUGCAUCACCGCCAUACCUCGUUGCAUUGCCGCUCGACGGCUCUCCUUCUGCUCUGCGUCUCCGGCCUCGCUGUGGUGAGUUUCAGCAGACGAAGAGCUUGCUUGUGAUAGCUGACUGCAGCUCUCAGUACACAAAUUGUUUAAUUAUUUAGCACUGUGGGUAUGGUAAUAAAUAGCAAUAAAGCUGGAGUGCCAGCAGCACCUCCGCACGAACUUCAUGUGUGGAAAUUUGCAGAGUCUAGAGCUCCUGAGAUUGAGGGACUGCAUUCUAUUAUUGCUGGUCGUAUGGAUAACAAUUUCAAAUCACAAAGGAACAAGAGGAGGAGAACUACUGGACAUGAUAAUCGAGUUGCAAGAAAGAAGUUCAGGAAGAGAAGUAUAGAUGGAUUAGGACAUGCAGGCAAAAUUGAUUCUAUGGGGAAUGAUGAAAAGAAAGUUUCCCGUCGUGUUCGGAGGAGUAUUGAACUUAAGAAGAACCUUCCAACCGGUUAUGUUACUUCAGGGGAUGGGACCAAGAGACUGAGAACGCACGUAUGGCAUGCUAAGCGGUUCAAAAUGGAAAAACUUUGGGGAUUUUAUAUUCCCCUUGGCCUUCAUGGGAGAGGAAGAGGUUCAAGGGCUCUGUUGAAAAAAUUAAAAAAUGGAGUGCUUGUGCAUGAUGCGAGUUACUAUGGUGCAAUCCAGUUAGAGGGUCCACAGAAAACGCUGAUAUCAGUUCUAAGUUCUGUGCUAGUGCCUUCUCCAUCAGCUUGUUGUGAAGAAACUUUGCAUGAUAUUCUUGUGGGCAAUAUCUUUGGAACUGCUAUGCUUCAUGAUUCUGGAAAACCUAGUUUGCCUACUAUUGCUCCUGUGACCUACAUGUGGCGACCUAUGCAGCAGAUUUCUACCAACAUAGAUGAGCUUCGCAGAGAAAUUUCCUGUGAAGGUCCUACUAUUGAUAACACCACCUCUAUCCGCCAACUCUGGUUGUGGAUACAUGCUGCCUCUUUUAAAGAAGCAUAUGAUUCUUUGAGUUCAGCAUGUGAAACGAAUACAGAUGGGACUUGUUCAGCUCAAUGCGUUUCUCGAGAAGGACAGCUUGCAAAAGUGGAAUUGAUAGGUACAAAGGUAUUUCAGUUGCUGCACAAGACAUUGCAACCUGUUAAGCUUAAUUCGGAGAACCCUUGGCCUGUGAAGAAAUGUUCAGCUCAUGAACAUGAUGAUGCUGUGGAAUCUGAAAAUACGUCCAUGUUUGAGAAAGGACAUCAGAUGUCUUCUUCUGCAGUUCUUUCCAUGGUUACGAAGGACCCUCGUAAUCUGACUAAGACUGGGGGUGUGGCUGUUCCUGAUGGAAAGAACCUUGGCUUAUUAGGUAAUGAACACCAGAGUAAACAGCAAACAUCAGCGCCUAACCAUGAAGCUGAAUUUGAACACGAGUAUGGUGAUUUAUGGGACGCUAGCAAAGAGCUAGACCCUCCAGUGGAAGAAAGUGUUUUAUGUGCUGGCGAGCAUCACCAGCGGAAGGAGUUCUUUUGCCUCGGCCAAAAAGGUUCUGGGUCUCAAAACAAAACUAUUGAUAAAAAUUACACCAGAUCGUGUCCUGUUUUGCUUUUGAAAAAUGGGAUUUUUGAAGAUUCUGUUACAAGGUGCUCUCUUAUUCUACCUCUAAGUUGGGUAAAAGCAUUUUGGAAUACUUUUGUAUCGAAUGGUGCUCAUGCUAUAGGCUUAAGAGAGAAGCACUGGGUUGCGGGUGAAAUUGGAUUGCCAUACUUCCCCUUGGACUUUCCCGACUGCAACGCAUAUUCGGAUUUUAUGGAAAUGGAGGCAGCCACAGUCAACCAAAAAGCUAUGCUUGUUCCUCCUUCUAAGAGGCCACUGGAAGUUCCUAUACCACCUCCAUGGGACUGUGUGGUCUACAAUUUUGGGGAGAAAUUGACUGAAGCUAGAAAAAUUCAAGCAGAUAUAUGUAGAACUCAAGAUGAAAAAAUUGAUGACAUGGAGACAAACUCUGGCUCUGAAAAAUCAAAGGAUAAUGUUUCUGAUUGUCAGGCUACUCCGUUUGAGGGUAUUGUAGCAAGGACUUCAUGCAUGCUGAAUGAUUUCCUAGAUAAUAUCAGUGGCAAUCGUUUGUUAUUCCCUAGUAUAGAUGGUGCUGAGAAUUGCUUGCAUAAAUUCAUGAGGAACAAAGAUUUUCUCAAACAAGACAUUGUUAUGUCUGAAAUGAAGUCCAGAAAACCACCUUGCUUUGUUCGAGUACUUCUGCGUGCUUUUAAGGAAGGCGUUUUUGAACAGGGAGCAGUGGUUUGUGCACCCCUUGCUACUGACAUACAUUUAUGGACUGCUAGCUCAGAAACAAACGACGAACCACUUCAAAUAACUCAAUCUUCAGUUAUGUCAUACUUCAUGCAGUCACCUUCUGGUAAAUGGGAACUUCAGAUACCUGAGGAUCAAGCUCUCUCAUCCCAUAGAUUGCCCAUUGGCUUUGUUACUACUGGUUUUGUUCGAGGAAGCAAGAAGGCCACAGCAGGGGCUCUUUGCGAAGCGAGCGUACUUUCCAGGCUUCGGCAGGAACAAUGGAGAGAUGUACCUGUAAGGCGGAGAAGGAAGGAGAUCUAUGUUCUGGUUAGAAAUAUGAGAUCCACAGCCUAUAGACUUGCGUGUGCUACCGUUGUUCUUGAGCAACAGGAACGAGACACCAAUUUCAUGUGACCUAUUGUCUACAAUUACACACGUCUCACUGUCCGAGUUACAUGGUUUGUGAAAACACUUUUAGUUAGUCUGUAGGAAGCUUCGGUAAAUGGAAUGAACCUUUCAAUGCUCGUCUGUGGAUUAGGAGGAUGUUAUCUACAUUCAAGGCAAUCAAGGAUCAGUUUAAUUGUUUCUCCGCACAAUAUUCAACUUGUUCCCCAUUCUUGCUGGAUUUUCGAGCUUCGUUAAGGGUUUUUCCAGACUCCAGUCGUUCUUCGUCUUUGGGGCCACCAACGCCCGAGAUGAGCUGUGUUUGCAUCUCAUAAGAGGUGAUAUAACUGUAGUUGAUUUUAUUCAUUAUAUUUUUUAUUUCUAAAUUAUGUUAUUAGGCUUGGCAAUGUAUAAUAUUGGAUGGAAUUCGUGUAACUUUUUGUGUAAGGAUUGUAAUUUAGAAUUAAUUAGGAAAAAUAUAGGCGACAUGUUACAGCA